AUGAUAAGAAUUAAUUAUGAAAAAAUAAUUCAUUGUAACUAUCAUUUUUUAGUCAAACUUAGAAGGUUGAAAUAGUUAAUUUGUAUUUGCAUAAACCUUUAUAUAGAAAAAUUGCAUAGAAAGGAGGAACUUGCUUGAUGCAAGGUUUUCCAUAGAGAUAGAUUGGAGAGAUAAACAGAUUGGUUCCAAAAGAUGCUAAAGUAUAUAUUGAUUGAUAUAUGAAAUUAAAAUUUAGGCUUCACAUGAGAAAAUUUCAUUAAGUUUUUAAGAUGGUUCUAUUUUAUCUCAUCUGGCUUCAUUCAGAAAUAUAUUAAUGUUAAAUAAAGAAUUUGAGGAUGAUGGGGAUUGA